CAACUGUAACAUCUGACAUUGUAAUAAAUACCAAACGGGCUUGACGUGUUAUUAAAAGGUUUGUAGUUCAUCUUUGAACGCGCUGUAAAAACCAAGAUGUCUAGUUUUGUUGUAUUGCUUAUUUCGCAUUUUUGGUUAAUUUCGUGUAUUUAUGGAAUUACUCGUUGGGACGUAUUUUCAACAAAAACCAAUUACAAAUGGUCACAUUUUUCAUCAGCAACUACUGAUGAUGGCUUUAUGUUUUCUACCGGAUCAAAGACUUGUAAUGCUAUUCAUGUAAGCAUGGUAUCAAGACACGGCGCACGCUGGCCAUCCGAUGGUGACAUGGAAGAUAUAAAAGAACUACAUAGAAACAUAAUUGAAUCAAAACCGUCGACUGUGUAUCCGGAGCUAGAUUCAUGGAUUCCGAGAUAUAAUGAAUCGGACGAAAAACAGCUUACCACAGAAGGUAAAAAGGAGCAAGAAGAUCUCGGCGCUCGACUAGGUAUACGGUUUAAAACUUUGUUCAACAACAACGGGAAAAAUGUAAAAUUUGUUUCAUCGAGUAAAUCAAGAACAAAAGAUAGCAAUGAAUAUUUUCAUAAAGGACUUUCAGCAGGGGUGCAGUCUGUGAUAGAAUAUACUAACGAAGUGAACGAUGGAAUUGUAAGGCCAUAUGAUGACUGCGACAACUACGAAGAAACGGUUGAAAGCGAUGAAAAUAUGAAAGAAUUUAAUAAAUUUUCAAAGUCUUCGGUUUUAGUGAAUAUCAUUGAUUCGGUGAAAGAGAAACUUGGCAUAUCGUUUGACGUGUCCGAUGAUGAUAUCACCAUAAUAAACGAAUUGUGUGCACAUGAAAAGGCGAUAUUUAACGAAGACGCGGUUUGGUGCAAUCUUCUAACUGAUGAAGAGAGACGGAUUUUAGAAUACAGAAGCGAUAUUGAGAAUUAUUAUGAAGCUUCUUACGGACAUCAGAUCAACACCAAGAUAUCAUGUCCGCUAAUUGGGGAUAUGUUCCACACCAUGGACAAUGCUAUUAACAACCCGUGGAAUUAUAGUAAUGUCGCUGCUCAUGGGUACCUCGCCGGCAAGUUUUAUAAUGGGCACUCGGAGACUCUGCUUCCACUGAUGACAUCUCUUGAGCUGUUCAAAGACAAUGCAUCUCUUCUAUCAACCAACAUGGCCGCCAUGGCUAACAGGAAAUUCAAAACCAGCAUCAUUGAUCCGUCUUCAGCCAAUCUUGCUUUUGUAUUGUAUGUUUGUAACGAUUCUGACACCACUGACAGGUCGUUUAUGGUGAAGCUUUUUGUCAACGAAAAGCCAGUUUCUAUCCCUGCAUGUAGAGGCGACAUGUGUACGUACGAAACUGUUCGACAAUAUUACAGCGAUCUUAUUGAUAAAUGUGAUCUGGAGGCAAUAUGCGACGACGAUAUUUGUGACGACGAUGAUGCAACCUGCAGAGCUAGUGGCAUGGACACAAGUCUCGCCAUCUUGCUACUUCUGGUUUUGUUUUGCAAAAUACUUUAAACUGUGUAGAGAAUCUGUCAUGACAUACUCGGAAAAGCUUCGAUUUUCUAUAAUAGUAUAGAUUUACAGUAUAGUUUUAUUGGGCAAACAUGUCCAUUUCAUAGUAAUAUAUACAAUACACAUAUUUUCAAUGACAACAAUACUAAUUUGUAUUGUAAUGUACCGGUAACUGUAGAUUGGUUUUAUACAAUUAACUUUGGCAAGUCUUUAAAAUGUUUGACGAAUAAUGAUAAUUUAAUAUAAGUAGAAAUGAGCAUUUACUCUCAAAUAUACUGUGUUACUAUGUUAUGCUGGUCAAUGAAAGAACACUUGUGGGUAUAUUCUUUUCACUUCCGGUAGAACGACUGUAAACAGCAUGGACACAAAUCUCGCCUUAUUGCUACUGCUAGUUUUUUUCUCAUAAUGACUGUUUAUAUCCUAUAAAUAUUUAACCGUUUUUUUUUUACUUUGCAGGAAAUAAUACGAUAUUCUGUGACUGUAAUACUAAAAUGUCUAGUUAUCUCUUAAAGCCAAAAAUAAAAAUUAGCUUUUUGUCAA